AGUGUGCAGCGCUUUGAAUAAGAAGAUCGUAUGCGUCCAGAUAAGUUAAAUGACGUUUGAGAAAUUGAAAUGUUAUUCAGAACUCUAAAUAUCCUUCCACAGGAGGCUGCCAUUUUAAAGUUUGAGGCCAAGGCAACGACGAUCAAGGAAGCGAUUACGAAGUUUGAGGAGCAUGAUAAAUGUAAAGCAAAUGAAUCAAAGAAGGUCAUGCUGUUAGGUCUGAUACCACCCAUUGAAAAAAUGGAUGCAUCCCUGUCUACACUGGUAAACUGCGAACAUUUAUCUCUGUCCACAAAUAUCAUUGAAAAGAUAGCAAACCUGAAUGGUUUGAAAAAUCUCAAGGUACUGUCUCUUGCAAGGAAUAACAUCAAGUCGCUGACCGGUCUAGAAGCUGUUGGGGACACCCUAGAAGAGCUGUGGAUCUCGUACAACAACAUAGAGAAGCUGAAGGGCAUCAAUGUCCUCAAGAAACUCAAGGUCCUGUACAUCAGAGUGAACAAUGUGAAAGACAUGUCUGAGUUCUCCAAACUGGUUGAUCUUCCAAACAUGAAGGAGCUGGGGUUUGUUGGCAACCCGCUGGCAGAUUCCCUGAUGGAGAGUGGCCAGGAGGUGUACACAGAGACCAUCACCAAGAAGCUGCCCAAGCUAAAGCGGCUCGAUGGUUUCACUGUGAUUCGACAGGAUGAAGAGGAGGAGGAGGCUUAAGAAUGAUACAUUUGUUUGUGAGCUCUGUUAAUGAUUUGAAGCUCGUAGUUGUCCAGUUACUGCAUACCAAAUCAAAUGGACAAUUUGAUGUGGAGCUUUUUCUUAUCAAGUUAUGUGCUCAUCAUUGGACAUUUCUUGUACUUAUACAUUCACAAUCUGCAACCAUCAACUUUAAUAAUCAACAUUAUGCAGAUCUAUUUUCAUUAUUACAGUUUGAAGGAGUAUACUGGAGUCAUUAAGUUGGUUGAUUGAUUAGUUGGUCACUUUGCAUAACUUUUCCUUCAAUUUAUUACGAUAAUCAAUUUAACUUCUAUUUUUAUUUUUUUAUUCAUAAGGAAUUAAAAUGAAGAGCCUAUUUUUCCCCCUUUAAAACUUCUCACUAUUUGUAUUCAUAAGGAAUAAAAGUGAAGACCCAAUUUUUUCCCCUUUACAAAAUGGCAGACUGACAACCAUCUUGGAUAUAUUUGUCCUUGAACUGCUUCAAUAUUUACAUGAAACUUCCAACCUUUUUACACAAACCCACCUGGCUACUGUCAUGGCAAUAUUAUCACAUAGAAAGUUAAAUAUUCAGCACUUGUAAGUACAAACCUCUGAAGUUGUGUCGGAUCAGUAUGAAAGCUUAUUGAUCACCAUCGGCUUGAUUUUUUUGCAUUGAAAAACACUUAAUUUUAUGUGCAAACUUGUUUUCAUUCCCAGAGCAAAUAUAUGCAGAAUGAUCUUUGAAAACCAGUAUUCACUUAAAUUUUACGACUUGAGCAUUUACCAUGAAUACGUACAUGUAAUGCGUUUCAUAACCUUUUUGCACACCUUAAUUGAGAAUAACCUUAAAUAUAAAAAUGUUUUAAAUAACCUAUUUCACAACUUUUGGCACACUAUUGCAUGUUUUGAGUGGGGAAAAUUAAAAAAAAUGCAUAUCAAUGUAAAUACUUCAAUUCUACUUGCCACCUGUA